GCUGGUCACCGGAUCAGCAGCAGCUGGUCCCAGGUGCUAUUUUCACUCUGGCUACAGUGAUGGGAAGCCGUUGCCUGCCAUGGAAUACAUUUAGUCCAUACUGACCCUCAGGUGGAAAAUGAAGUCUACUGGGAGUGAAAAGGGUGUCCACCCUGACAGCUACACCUCAGACCUAGAUGAACUGGAAAGUGGCAGUGAAAGCUCUGACAAGUCCAACAGUGGCUGCAGUCAGCUGGAUGGCAAAGGGAAGCGGAAAAGGAAAAGCAGACUGACAGGGUUCAGUAAACAACGGCAAGCCGCAAAUGCCCGGGAGCGAGACAGGACCCAUAGCGUGAACACUGCUUUCACAGCACUCCGGACCCUUAUUCCAACUGAACCGGCAGACCGUAAGCUCUCGAAGAUUGAGACGCUACGCUUGGCUUCGAGUUACAUCUCGCAUUUAGCCAAUAUCCUCCUUCUGGGAGAAGACUGCUUGGAUGGGCAGCCCUGUUUAAAGUAUCAGGCUAUCUUACAGAGUGCCACAAAUGUAAAUAACUCUGUGCCAAGACCAAUUUGCACUUUCUGCCUAAGCAACCAAAGGAAAAUGCUAAGAGAAGGGGAAAAACACUCAUCUGUCUGAGCUUUAAACCUUUCUGAAGAUGAGGAUGGUAAUGAUAAUGGUGGUUGUGAUGGUGAUGAGGGUGAGGAACUCUUGUAAUUGUACUUGAGUAUGACAAAAUGUGAAGUGCUGCUGUUUACAUUGAAAGAAAUGUUUUGUGGAAGUAUUUUUGUUGUUUAUAACCUGUAAAGAGAAGCACAAACAUAUAUAUGUCUAUUUUUUUAACUGUAGAGGGAUAUGAUGUAGCACUUUCUGUUUACAAUGUGAUGGCUUUAUUCAGACUGUUUUGUAAAUGAAACCCAAUGCUGUGAGUGAAGCAGCACCUGGCCUGGCAGCUAUUUUAGCACCAGAAAUGUUAGACCUCAGCAUCCUGGGCCGAAAAGAAAAUCUUGCCUCUCCAGCCUUAUGUCACAUGAUGUAACCUAAGCCUUCGUGCAGUGGUUCCUGUCAGUAGAGAAUAUCAGGACAGACCGCCCCCUUGCCGUUUCUAAUUUGGUGCCAACUGGCAAGCUGCAGCAAAGGGCUGAAGCAAUCCCACUUCCUACUGAUUAGACACAAGGACCUUCAGGCUUGCUUUGGUGCAAAUAUUUCUCUGAUUUCUUUGAAACCAUGGGUAUAGAUAUAAUUACAGUUUUUUUUUUUUUUUUGCUUUUUCACAGAGUACACAGUGUCAGCUGUGAGCUGAAUAUGCAAUUUACGGAACUGAAGUGUUUUGCUGUAAAGCAGCCGCAUCGGGCUUCUGUGAAAAACAAUCUUGGCUGCUUCACCUCAGGUUGCUUACUCACUGAGAUGCACAAUGACAGUAUAGAGGCAUAUUUAAUUGAGCUCACGAGUAUGAUUAGGUCAUUCUUCUCAAAGGGUUAAAUGCAUAAAUUACAAAUGUUCACAAAGCAAUUAAUGAAAUGACACUUCUCUUUGCAUCUUGGGCGGAAAAAGGAAGCGUUUUUCACAAGAAACUCUCUGCUUGAGUGCUAAACAAAAUCCAUUAACCCCAUUUUUCGUCACUGAAUAUUUACCUCAAAUAUGUACAUAAUUUAUAUUGUCACAUGUAUGCAGUAACUGAAAUAUUGGUCAAAAAAUAUAUAUUUUUUAACAAAAAAUUGAUUAUUUUUAAUUCAAACAGUAGCAAAUACAAAGUCGCAGAAGUGAAAGGUUCAUGUCUGUUAUUUCUAUGUUCUGUCUAUAGCUGGAUAUCCUAGUGCAUUUAAAACAUAACAUUCUCAUAAUCGGGGGAACGUAGGUUGUUUGGGAGUAGUGUGCUCAGGAUUGUCCUGGCAGCAUUGGGGACAAAGCAGGAAACACUUCUGGAGAGGGUGCCAGUUCAUCGCAGGGUUCACUCACACACAACCACACACCGAAUUUCACAAAUGGCUGACAUCACCACUUAACCUAACAGGUUUGUCUUUGGAAGGAAAAGAGGACCUGGACAAAACCACAAUGACAUGGGGAGCAAGUGCAAACUGAAAAUGAGCAAGUGUAGGAAGGGAACUCAGGAUGUUGGAUCCAUGAGGCAGGAACGCCAACCACUGCCCCACUGUGCUGCCCUACUAUUUACUGAACUAAAGUUAUAUUUAAUGUCUUUGUUAAAUGAGAUGGCACAGUGUUGCUGCCAGCACACACAUACAGUGUCCUAACUUCAAAUCCUGUAUUUGUUUGUUGCCUGUAUGUAGUUUGCAUGUUCUGUUUGUAUCUAUGUGGGCUUUCUUCUAGAUACUUGGUUUUCACUUCUUUGUUAUGUUGAUUGUGAUUAUAAAGUGGCCUUAUGGGUAUGUGUGUAUACAUGAGUGGACACUACGAUUGACUAGCAUCCCUUCCGUGGCUGAUUUAUGUCUUGUCCCAUUGCUGCCAAGAUGGGGUCCUGCGAUUCUAAAGUUGAUAAGGCAUCUUUGAGAAUGUUAUUUUGCCCUUGUUAUAUUGCCUUUCAAAUUAAGUAGUUCUUCAAACCAAAUAAUGUUACAAACCAGUAAAUUAUACUAUUAGAAUUAAACCUCAAGAGGCCUUUUUUAUGGAGCUGAAAGCAUGAAAAUCCUCAGUUUCUGAAUCACCUAUUACAGGAUCAAGCUCAGUCAGAAUCUAACCCAAUAAGAUUUACCCCUGGACAGUCCAUCUCAGUGCACAUCCACCUCAGGACAUUUAAAGUGAACAGUUAACCUAACGUGCAUGUCUUUGGAAUGUAGAAAGAACCCAGAAUGUAUUUGCUUGUGGGGGGAAAUGAAAAAGACCAAGCUGUGAGACAGUAGUGAGAAUCAUGAUGUCCUAUUUUUUAUAAUUUGACCUACUGCAUUGCACAGAGCUAAAAAAUAUACAUGAGGCUGACUUGUUAAGAAACAAAAUUAUUUUGAAUCAGAUAAGGCGUCAGCCAAAGUCAUCCUAUUACACUACACGCAGUAGCUUCAGGCUCUUCAUCUGAAUCUUUAAACAAGAGAAUUGAUCUAGAAAAGGAAGCCUGGCUCCCUCUAGUGGACUAUGCAGAAUAUUAUUGCAACAGAGCCACUUGUUCAAGCACAGGCUAUGCGACAUUUUAAAACAGAACUACAGAAUUAUUUCUACAUUAAAAAACUAUUAUACACACCAGUAUCACAUAUUACAGUGUGAAAUGCAAUAUUUUAUACAACAAAGGAAUAAGCAGGUUAAGUAACUUGAGCAGAGGCAGCAAUGCAAUCUAUAAAUUGGU